GAAAGACAAGCAGAAGUAACCGUACGUGCAAAUCAAUUGGUGCGCUUCGUAGGUUCUGUUGAAGCAUUCAGGCAAGACUGUGCUAUAUCGCAACGUAUUAUAAUUAGCCAAAGAAAACUAGUUAGACCGGAAAGAUGGUUUCACCGAGGUUCGUUAAAGGCGCACUGUUAUUGGCAUUAGUUAUGCUCCUCUCCGUGAAUGCAAUGCCUGCAGAGGAAAGCACAGUGCAUCCUGCGCAAGAUGAUACUCCAAUUCCCACUGAUCUUCCUACAACGACGCAGAGUCCUCCGGAUAACAAAAAUACUACUACUACUGAUGAUCCAAAAACAACCACAGCUACGACAAGUACAACUCCUGAAACCACCACCCCUACCACCCCCAAAACCACCACCAGCACCACAACCUCAAGUACUACUACGAGUACCACGCCUGCUUCUACCACCAGUAGCAGUACUACUACUUCUACCACGCCGACUCCUGCUCCUAGCCCAGCUCCAACUACGUCGACUGAGACACCGACAACACCUGCUCCAACUCCAGUGCCGCACUGUAAGCGCUUCGACGCCUAUUCUUUUGUAGGCGGAAUGAUCCUUGCGUACGGGUCGUUGGCUAUUUCAUUGGUGCUGUACAAAUUCUACAAGACGCACUGGACCGCUACCAGGGGUGAUAAUGGCUCCUAUCGCACGCUCUAAGCAGGAGCCACCAAACCACGAUACGCGCUCGUUUUUGUAUCAAUCUUUUUUUGUAUGUAGAAUCUUUGCCCAGUUAAAAAAGUCCUUUUUGUGCGAGAAAUUUAAGACCAGAUAAAAAUGGACCAUAAUUGGUAAGGGAAUUAUCAUACACAUUUUUUUUAAUUAAUUUUUUUUUCAAAUAACUUUUCCACGAUAAGAUUUUUUUCGAAAGUUGUACCUUGUGCUAUGCCAAACUUUCUGUUUUUUACCAUUACAAAAAAAUUAGUAAAAUACUUAAUUUGGAAUAUUUUCAAAACCUACGAAUGUUCCCAAGACAGCUCUGAAACGGCUUAGCACAAGUGUAGCAACAUACAUUACUCUCCAUUCAUUUUUUGUCCUGCAUAUAGUACCAAAGUGCCAGAAAAUAAUUGAUCAGAAUUUUUCAACUUUCCAUGCUUUCUGUGUGGUAAUGUGACGCAUUUAAACCCAGUUGGCCAUUUUAAAAGCUGGCUUCAACAAUGAUAUCAACGCUUUUAUUUUUAUCUCUUAUUGGUUCCGUUUAUCUAUGGUGCAUUAGCACAUCCGAAAAAAAAAACUUUUUCUGUAUGAUAACAUGAAUAUUUAGCAGAAAAACCAGCAAGAAACACAAGCCGCGCAUCCGCAAUUUAGCCUGCGUUCCAAUCCAAAUUUUAUACCAAAACUAUCUUCUAUUGCAUUAAAAAUAGUGUACGCUACUUUAAUCUGAAAUUAACUCACUAUCAAUCCUGCAUGCACCGACACUCAUCAAUGUUGGUGGUACAUUUGCGUGGAAAAGUAACAGGGAACUGAAUAAAUCGAAUAAGCAGUAUAUGCGGCGGUAGAAUCAGAGUGAUAGUUUCUAUUGCUUUGUUGUCCUGUGAGGUGGUGUGAGAGAUAUAAGCUAAAUUGUUAUUGUAAAAAAACAUUCAAGAAAAAUCGGAUGAAAUAAAAGGCUGAGAUAUCAAAAUAGCUCUUUUUGCCGCGACUUAGUGGACUUAGUCGAGAAAACAACUGCAUAAAUCUAUCACUGAGCAGUUAGCAAAAUGGAGACAUCGAAUGAAGAUGGUAUGUUUGAUGUGAAAUACUAACACCUAUUGAAGAAGUGCUCUUAAGUAGGAAAUACAUCUUUCGAAGUAAUACAGUGAAUAAAUGGCAGCUUUUGAUGAUAACAAGCGAAAAAAAUGCAAUCGUGCAAUUCAUCCCAUGUCAAUAUCUUGCUCUAUAAUCAUAAUCAUGCGAUCCAUCCAGCAGUGCAACACAUUGUACUGUUCGUGCUCGUCCGAUGCUAUGGCUAAAUGUUAAUGUAAAUGACAAAUUACUACCUGCUUUGUAUUUCGCAAAACUUCUACACUAACUAGCAUAGAAUGCCCUAAACACUCAACCUAUGAACGUAUGAUAGUCGAUCCACAUAAGUGUCAUCGAUGAAUUACGUGCUAGUUGAAUUUUCAGUACCAAGAGAAUUGGUUUCUGACUACUGGGGCAAGGUUUUGAGGACAUCUUAUAUCUCUCAUUAUUGUGUCUACGCUUUUAUCCCAGUGGAGAUAACCAUAUGCAUUAUAUCUCACUGUAUCGCGUUCACUAACUAACCAAGAGAGAAUAGAUAUUUUUAUGUAAAAAUGUAGCGUCGCAAAGAAUGAAAUAAAGUUCUAAUGCCCUA